AUGAAUACAGACUCAAUCUGCCUUGCUGCUGAUGACUACAUUCGAGCUGCCUCCGAUCCACAACUUUCGUCGUCUGACAGCCACCUUCUAACUACUCUACUCUCGGAAGAAGACCAACACGAGUACAAUCAACUUCUCCAAAUUCAACUCGCCCCUGAUGCACUAAAUAUCGUGAAUCAAUUGAACUCACUCUUUCAUAUUUCAUCAUCUGCUAUUUGGAUGUCAAUGGUAUUGUUGAAGAAGCUGCCCAUCGAAUCAAAUUCUUUUAAUUUAUUAGCAAUCAUCGCGUGUGUUACACUUUCAUGUAAAUAUCAGGAUUCGCCGUCACCAGCUGUUGAUUAUGAACUUAUUGCUCAAUGUUAUUCUAUUGACGACGUUCAACUAAUUCAGAAUGCUGAGAUUGAACUUCUCGAAUAUUUCGAAUACGAUAUUUGUGUCACAACACCCGAUCAUUUCUUUUCUUAUUUAAUCAAUCUCACGACUGAUGAUGUGAAGUCGAACCAAAUCAUUGAACAAGCUCGAUCUUUGUUUUUCACGAAUUUUCUUUCAAACGAAAGAGCAGAUCUUUUCUAUAAUUAUCCAUCGAGUAUUGUGACUCUUUCUUUCAUCUACAAUAUCGCCUCAAAUAAAACUUUCAUCGUGGAACAAAUGAAAAGUUUUCUUGUUCAUAAAAAGGAUCCAUCGCAUUACUUUAAGCAACUAUUACUUUGCACAGACCUACUUCAAAGUUGUAACAUCAUAAAUGGAUGA